GGUUUGUGAUAUUUAUUUUAGUAUUCAUGUUCUUGCAGUCCUUUUUACAUUUCUCUGCUUUUCCCUGGCAGACAUCCCGCAGCUCCAUAAGUCUGGGGGAAGAGGAUGGUUAGCAUGUUGUUGCUGUGGGGAUUUGAGUCUUAAAGCCCUGUGUUGGAAAUGCUGGGCAUAUAAUUUUAAAACCUUUCAUGCUAUAGAGGCAGAUAAUUAUUUCCCUGCUGCAUUUUAUACUCUGGUUUGGGAAGGGAAGAAUUUUUAAUAUAUUAAAAGAAGGAAAAAGUUACGAUUUGGGGGACUAUUGGAAAUGGAAACAGAAAGAGGGGAGUAAUGGGUGUCAGUCUGGUUAUCAGUCAAGCUGGAAAGAGACAGCUUGUUCUGUCGAACACCAAGCGUGUUAGUAGUCAGCCAACCACUUAUGCAGGAAAAAGCCCUAGACUGAAAGGUUUUUUGAAGAGGAGCGUGCUGAGUAGGUAAGGAGAUGUCAUGGUCUUCUUCCAUCGAUGUAGGAAGAUAGCAGAUAUGAUCGCCUGAACAAGACAAACCCUGCAGCGCAAGCAUGGCUUUCGCCCAGUCACACAUUAUGGCAGCUAGAAGGCAUCAGCACAGUAGACUUAUAAUUGAAGUGGAUGAGUACAGCUCCAACCCCACACAGGCUUUCACGUUCUACAACAUUAACCAGGGACGUUUUCAGCCCCCACAUGUGCAAAUGGUUGAUCCGGUGCCCCAUGAUGCUCCCAAACCUCCAGGAUAUACACGAUUUGUCUGUAUUUCCGAUACUCACUCAAGAACUGAUCCCAUCCAAAUGCCAUAUGGAGAUGUGUUAAUACAUGCUGGUGAUUUUACUGAGCUGGGACUUCCUAGUGAAGUAAAAAAAUUCAACGAGUGGCUAGGUAGCCUGCCCUAUGAAUACAAGAUUGUGAUAGCAGGAAAUCAUGAAUUGACCUUUGACCAGGAAUUCAUGGCUGACUUAAUCAAGCAGGACUUUUACUAUUUCCCCUCUGUUUCUAAGCUGAAGCCAGAGAGCUAUGAAAAUGUACAGUCUCUUCUAACAAACUGCAUCUAUCUUCAAGACUCUGAAGUGACGGUGAGGGGAUUCAGAAUAUAUGGCUCCCCUUGGCAACCUUGGUUUUAUGGCUGGGGCUUUAAUCUUCCACGAGGCCAAGCACUAUUAGAGAAAUGGAACCUUAUUCCAGAUGGAAUAGAUAUUCUUAUAACACAUGGACCACCUCUCGGUUUUCUAGACUGGGUUCCUAAGAAAAUGCAGCGGGUAGGAUGUGUUGAGCUGCUGAACACAGUCCAGAGACGAAUACAGCCAAGGCUUCAUGUUUUUGGACAUAUCCAUGAAGGUUAUGGCGUCAUGGCUGAUGGAACUACUACCUAUGUGAAUGCAUCUGUGUGCACUGUGAAUUACCAGCCGCUUAAUCCACCUAUAGUUAUUGAUUUACCUACUCCCAGGAACACAUGAUUAUAAUGAGGAUUUAAAGUUGUACCCAACACAUUAGCAACUUUGUAUUGCUGGCUGAGAAUCCCAAUAGGGAACCAUUCAACAAAAAAGCAAAAACCUUCUUCUUUUUCCCUGCUAGCUCUUCACAGAUAAAUUUUGAGUGACAAAAGUGGAUGAGGAACAAAGACAUUUUGGUGCCAGAAACAGAUUAAAGACUUCAACAUUUCACCAUUAAAAUAUUUGUGAACACAGAAAAGUGAAUGCAUUCCACAUAUAUAUAUAUAUAUACAUAUACAUAUAUAUCUCUCGCAAGUAGGGACUUUUGUAUAUACCGUACAUUAUAUUGGACUUAUUAAAAGACAUCUUUCAAAGGAGUGUUUCUUUAAGAAAGUUUGCGGUUUAAACUUAAGUGUUUAGACUAGGAUUUCCUCAUUUCAGAUGUUUCCCAGUGAGCUCUUGGUAAAAGAAAAAUGAUGGUAAAGAUGUUUUCCCUUAAUUAACAUGGCAAGUAUAAAAGAUGGUGCAUGAAUGACCAGUCACAGGAGGAAAGCUAUUACUUCAAGUCCUCCAGGUCUAAGUCUUUGCAUCUAUUCAAAACCAAUGCAAUAGGCCCUAAUUCACUGUACUGAAAUGAAGUUUUACUACAUCUGGCGUUACAGAUGGUAAGGGAAAUGGUGCAUAUUGCCAGCAUGCUGUAAACAGCUCAACGUUCAAGAAGGGAGACUGUGUUAAGUGCAGUAUAAACUCAGGAAUUUGUAACCUGGCCUCGCCUGUGAAAAAAAAAGUGACAUUUCCCUUAAAAAAAAAAAAUAAGGAAGAAAAAAUAUGACUGUGUUUUUGUCUGGUAAGGCGGUAUGUGAUUGUAUGUAAAAAGCAAAAAAAAAAACCCCACCCAAUACUCAGCAGUGGCAUUUUAGAUAAAGCCCACUGGGACUGUUUGUUUAAAACUUGUUAAUGUGACAUACAGCCAAUGAUGGGAUUCCUGGUUUGACUUUAGCCUCACUCAGAAGCAGUUAAAUGUCAUUGUGAUAGUUUUGUCCUUGGGGAGCGUUAUGGAUGUCAGGGGGAAGGGGUCAUCCCAAGGUGGAGUUUGGGCAUCCUAAGUGUGAUGAGUAGCGAGUACAUAGCAGUGGGUACCGAGCAGGGCUCACCUCACAGAACCUGUCAUUGCUGUUUGCCCACUCACAGACACUGCUGAGAGAGGCCUGAGACAAAAUCGUCCACCGCGUUGAAAUCCACCUGUCACAUUCAAUGUGACGGCAGUGUCAGCAGCUGGUUGGAGUGGCCAAGGCUGCCCAUGCAGCUUUCCUGCAGGUGAACAGUGAUGUUGAAGCUGCUGGGAUUUCCAUCCCAUCCUAAGCAGAAGCUUGAGAAUUGAUGACAAACCCACUUCCAAAGCCAAGUGCUUCAACAUGCCCUACAAGAAGUAAGUCUGCCUUGAACUAACAAAUAUCUCCAUGCUCAAAGAGGAGCCUUUUUGCCCUGACGGAGAUAACUGCUGUAUUCUGAAUGUGGACAUCCUGAAUUUGGGGCUGACAGCAUCUAGACAUUAAUCUUGUUCACACAUUGUGCAAAUCAUCGCACUGGCGAUGCCAGCAGGUUGUGAGCAGGUCUGUGCGUAGCCCACAUCUGCACACAUGCAUUGGAUAAUUGUGUAUGUUACUUUUUGCCUGAUAUAUGAAUGGAAAUGUGAGCCUCACAUAGCAGCUGCAUGUACAUUAUGUGCAUACACAAUUAGAAAUAGCUGUGUCGCAAAACCAGGCUAUGUCAGCCUCAAUUCUAAGCAAGGUGGGCAGAAACAUGGUGUUUGUCUGGCUCUGCAUGUGCAGCAGCUCUUCCAGCUGCUGCCGGGAGCAGUGACAUGCAAACCCAGUAACUAACUUGUGCUGUGGACCCACCAAAAACCCACCAGACAACAUGACAAGUCACAGCUCUGACGUUUCUUGUAAGCUCUUGGGUGGCUUGAAGUCUACAUUAACUUCUAUUUCCUGAAAAGAAACCCAGAAUGAUCGGUGGUACCUGCAACUGGUUUUUGGGUGAAUAGUUCACAAAGUGCGUGAGCAGUCUGCCAUGAAUUCAGAUGGGGCCACUUUUGUCAAAACUAUUGCUGUAGAAAUUGCAGGAUCAGCUCCUUAAUCAGCAAGGACUGAAUUGCGUAGUUGAAUAUGAACUCCCGCUUUCACUGGGAAGAUGAGCAAUAGCAUGUAGUUAGAAUAAAAGUGUCUUAGCUAGUCACAAUUCAAGUGGCUCGAAACAAAUGUGGCAGGAAAUUGGCUGUAUGUUAAAGAAGUCUGAAAUGUUUACAUUCGCUCACGGCACUUAAAGAGACUAAAAUGUUCAAGUGGGGGGAAGAGGUCCUUUUAUUAGCCUCAACAAAAUUUCUAUGCCAACCAUAAACUAUUCUCUUAAAAAUAGUUUUUUCCUAAGGUAUCUUCAAAAUGCUGUGUAUUUUUAUGUGAAAAGGAUACGAAAGCAGCUGUUACUUCAAAAUAUCAUUUAAAGUACUUGAGGUAUGAGAGCUUAAAGGUUAUUUAAUCAUUUUUGCAUAACUUGAUUGUUGUUGUAAUUUUUGGUCAAGCAUGUUAGACAAAUAAAGUCUUAAAAAAAAAAAAGCACCUCUUUAUAUCCACCUCAUGCAUUCAGCUCCAUGGGGGCAAAGGCUGCCCACAUGCCUCAAGAGGUAGGAGCCAGCCUGUGGGAUGCUGCAGUUGUCACCACGACCCACCCCUGUGGGUCAGCGCGGGGGGCAGCUGGCAGAGGGGCUGGGGGCAAUGGGGGUGAUGGCAGAAGGUGCCCGGAUCCAUCUGCCAGUGUCAGGUCUCUGCAGCUCCUGCAGAAGGGCACAAGUUGGAAGUUGCAACUGCAGAGAGAAGGGAAAGCAGCAGCCGCUUCCACUAAUGUGGUAUUUUGGUGGGGAAAUGCACCAGAUGUGCCUGUGAGGCACGGAGAAGCCAACGCUGCAACAGAGCGGUGAAGCAGUGGGGAACUGAGGUGCCGUCCUUUGGGAACGAGCAGCAAUCAGGGGAAAGAUGGUUCGUGGUUUGGGUUGAGUCUGUAAGAGCACAACCCUCACAGAGAAGGCAAUUAAGACAAGGUGGCUAUUUUUAUUUAAACUGUGACACAAUUGACAGCCCCUCAGUUCAAGAAGGACAGGGAACUGCUGGAGAGAGUCCAGCACAGGGCAACGAAGAUGGUGAAGGGAGUGGAGCAUCUCCCUACUGAGGAAAGGCUGAGGGAGCUGGGUCUCUAGCACGGAGAAGAGGAAGCUGAGGUGUGACCUCAUUAAUGUUUACAAAUAUAUAAAGGGUGAGUGUCACGAGGAUGGAGCCAGGCUCUUCUCGGUGACAACCAAUGAUAGGACAAGGGGUAAUGGGUUCAAACUGAAACACAAGAGGUUCCACUUAAAUUUGAGAAGAAACUUCUUCUCAGUGAGGGUGCCAGAGCACUGGAACAGGCUGCCCAGGGAGGUUCUGUAGUCUCCUUCUCUGGAGACAUUCAAAACCCACCUGGACACCUACCUGUGUAACCUCAUCUAGGUGUUCCUGCUCCAGCAGGGGGAUUGGACUAGAUGAUCUUUUGAGGUCCCUUCCAAUCCUUAAUCUGUGAUUCUGUGAUUUUGGGCUUUGUUCCCUGAAUCUGAUCUACCUUGGAUUAGCAAGGCCACGAAAAGGAAGGAUUCUGCAAACGCAGUUUUGCAAUUGUCAGCUCUAUUUAAAUUCAGGGAUGGUCUCUCAAAUAAUUUCCCUCCCCACUGCUGACCUUCAGUGAUAUCUAUCCAGGUACUAUGACUCCUGCAGGUGUGCUGAUGUGUAUCACCAAUACGUGCCUUCCCAUCACCAGGCAGAAUUGUUACAGAGAUUACUUUCAGUUCAUCUUGAUGACGAAUAUGGGAGAUAUCGCUGCAUGUCAAUGAAAAAAGGAAAAAGGAAGAAAAGAUUAUUAUUUUUACCUCUCUCAGUCACAUAUGGCUGAGGAUGUGAAAUGUUCCCUGGCUACAAGGAACGAGCAGGCUGGGACUCGGCACCCUCCUGAGCAGCUGCCUUUGCCCAGGCAGCCCCCACCCACCACAGCUGCAGCCCGGCCUGGAGAACUGGGUUAGGGCUGUCACAUGGUGCUAUUUGGUAGCCCCUGAAGCCAGAGACCCCAAAACUAUCAUGGUCUUCAGGGAGGUCACUGCAGGGAGCAAGGCUGGUGGCAGCAGCACGCAGGGCUGGCCCUGCCAGGUGCUCCUCUGGCAAGGUGGCUGUGGGGAGGAAGGUGAAAAUCCCCAUCUCUGGGCGAUGCACGGGGACAGAGCAGGUGGGAAGGUGCCUGGUAUUGCUGCAGGAGGAAGCCACAGGGGCUGUGAAGUAGCUGUUCCUCUCCAAUCAUUGACUGCUGCCAGCAGCCGAUGCAAAUGCCUCAGAGGAAGAAGGAACAACACACUCCUUAGAUGGCAAUUUUGGAAAUAAUCUGCCCAGGGGGAUCCUUGCCCCCCUUCCACUUAUUCUUGUUUGUAUGAGAAUUUCUCUCUUAAAAACCUGUAUUAUUGCUCACUGCUAACGUAACUCACAUAUAGCAAAUAUAACUGCAAAUGUUCUUUUCUUUCAGGUACAUUCCUCUCCCUUUCUUGCAAGUCUCUCUGCAUCUGCGAUUUUAGCGAUAUUUUGGAAGAGUGAGCUCCCCAGGUGAUUGUGCACAGUGCUUUAAAACAAACAGUAUUUCGCUUAUCCUUGUAUGUGUGCUGCUGUUUGGCUUUAUUGACUGUCCCUUUGUUCUCUUUUUCUGUGAAAAGUGUAAAUUGGAGUACUUACAUGUACCUUCUUUGUGCCAUUCGUUAUUUUGUAUACUGCCGUUAUGUUGCUUUUUACUCACUUUGUGUAGAAAUUAAAACAAUUUCAAUUCUA